AUGGCAGAAAUUCAAGAUCUAGAAUGUGUCAUUGAACAAAACAUCAUAUCUCAACAAAAAUCAGAACCAGUAGAAAGCUACAACCUCUUUUUGCCACCUCCCAUGCCAAAUUAUUAUUCUCCUUUCCAAAAACCACCAGAAUUCUGGACUAAUCCACAUCCUCCCAAACCUUGGACUUUUCCAAGUAGCCGGCCUUAUGACCAAAGAAUCAGAAGAGAAAGAGGAAAACAACCUUCUACUUCUAGAAGACAUUCAUCUAAAACUAGAAUGGAUAUAACCCCUUCCUUGUCGUCAGAUUCUACAGACCAUAGAUAUAAUCCCAGCUCUUCAAAAAGGACUUUUGUGACGGUAGAUCUCAAAGAUCAAUUAGCCACAAUCAGAACAGAAUCCCAAGAUACAGAUGAAUCCCAAUCUUCUGAAACAACAGAAUCUUUCUCAAACACUCAGAGUUCUAAUUCCUCUGAGAUUUCUUCCAAAGAAGCUUUUGAAUUAAAACUAGAUCAUCAAACUUCUUCUGAAACCACAUCUGAAAACUCUGAAAAAGAACAAUCUGAUGAAGUGUUAAACUCCUCUGAUCUUUGA